GCGUCCUCCCACGUCUGUCAACAUUUCCCUGGUCCAGUGGGUAGCAGAGACAGAGAGAAUUAAACACAUUGAAUCGUCGCUAAUUGUGUGUGUGGGGAGGGGGGCGGUUGUUUUGUGGUGUUGUCGUCACCGCAUCUAUCUAUUUAAAAGCAACAAAACCCAUCGAUGUUAGGCGUCGUGUCACUCCAGUCGGUAAUGCUGCUGGUGGCGGUGGCGUUCGUGGUGGCAUUCGUGCUGCUGCUGUACAUGCUGUCUCCCCUCGUCAGCCCCGCGCGGCUGGGGCUCAGCGGCGCUCAUGUGGUGGUGACUGGUGGAUCUAGUGGCAUUGGGAAAGCCAUCGCCAUCGAGUGUGUCCGACAAGGAGCCUGUGUUACUCUGGUGGCCAGGAACGAGACGAAGCUUCUGCAGGCGAAGAGGGAGGCUGAAGAGCACGUUGUGAAUGAAAGCCAGGCAGUGCUGUGCAUCUCGGUGGAUGUGUCAAAUGACUUCAACCAAGUUGAAAGUGUCAUUAAACAGGCUCAAGAGAAACUUGGGCCGGUGGACAUGCUCGUCAAUGCUGCAGGUACUUCAAUCGCCGGACGCUUUGAAGACAUCAAACCUCAGGAGUUCAAGCGGCUGAUGGAGGUCAACUACCUGGGCAGCGUGUUCACCAGCCUGGCGGUGGUGCCGGGCAUGAAGGAGCGGCGGAAGGGCCGUGUGGUGUACGUGUCCUCGCAGGCUGGUCAGCUCGGCCUCUACGGCUUCACGGCGUACUCGCCGACCAAGUUUGCCCUCCGCGGUCUGGCCGAGGCCCUGCAGAUGGAGGUUAAGCCAUACAAUGUGUACGUGACACUGGCCUUUCCACCAGACACGGACACCCCUGGCUUUCAUGAGGAAAUCAAGGGCAAGCCACUGGAGACGAAGCUGAUAUCAGAGACCGCCGGCCUCUACCAACCAGAAUUUGUUGCAAAGAUCAUCGUAAAGGAUGCUGUGCUCGGAAACUUUAACAGUUCUGUGGGCUCCGACGGCUACAUGCUUUGCUCCCUUACGUCCGGCAUGUCCCCAGUCACCAGCAUCACCGAGGGCCUUCAGCAGGUGGUGACCAUGGGUCUCUUCCGGCUCAUCUCCCUCUUCUACCUGUGCAGCUUCGACAGCAUAGUUCGUCGCUGCAUGAUGAAGAAAGAAGGUUGCACUUCUCCAAAAACGGAGUGAUUGAUGCCUUCACACGGACGUACGGUCCAGACUCCUACCCUAGGGCAUUGUGCGGUGCCCGACUCCCAGUCCUAACUGCGUUAUCUGCUACUAUUUUGAUAAUUGGUCUCAGGUAUGUGUACGAAGAGGAACACUUGCAGAAUGCCAUCGAGUGGUGCAGGGCACGUGCAUUCACGUGAGAUCCACGUGUGUGCGUGUUGGCGCAGGACCAAUGCAAAUGCUGGAGCAAUGUAUUAACAUCUUUACACAAGACAAAAGGUAUACUGCCUGGUAAUCUGUCCGCGUUAAUAUCACGGCUUCACAGUCACAACUGAUUGUCAAUGCUUUAAAGUUUAUUCAUUUUGGAACAUUGCGUCCUUGUAGACCUCGCAAGUAAAAAAGAAUAAAUGACAAACAACAUAGAUUAGCAUGUUUUGCAUUGACGGGAUAGGAUGUCAGAAAGUUUGUAUGUACAAUGUGUUUUUUUCCAUUACACAAAGGAGAAAAGCUCGGGUUUUGGGGGUAAUGAGUCUGCAUUAUACGUUGUUGUGUACAUGCAAGUGGAAUUUUGAAAUAUUGAAAGCAAUAAAGCGCCAAUUUUUUUUUUGCUAUUUUAUUAUUGUUGCACCAACAAAUGCACACAAACUUCUCCAAAAAAAAUUUGCAUUUUCUCGUCAGGUUUGUGACUGGUAUUAAGAAUUUUUUUUUUUAUUAAGCAUACAGAGGGAAAAAAUACUUUGUCAUUUUGAUUUGCACAGCUGCCCUCUUUGUGUUAUUACGCAGUAGGGGCAGCACUUUCCCACCCACCUUGCUACAGAGAAUAAUGUUUAUCCUACGACAAUCAAAUCCAUAUUUUAAUUCUGAGAGCUAGAAUUUUGCCAAAUGUGAUGCAGAAUCACAUCUAAAUGUAUUUGAGUUUUUUUGUAUGUGUGUGCAGUCAUCGUUGACCAGACUGGGAGACUAUUAGCUCACUGCGUCUAAGAACUCUGAUUCAUUAAGGGUCAUAGCCCAGAUUCCAACCCAGGAUCUCCACAGUACUGGACCCUGAGCUAUCUGGCCAUCUCAGCAUGCCAAUUCAUUCUUGUCUCUAGGCAUCAAAUAAUACAAGCCCCAGCAUGAAAAAAAAACUAUGAUUGUUUGCAUAAUUGAGUCAUUUUAACGGCUAUGCACGUAUCCCAUCGUGGCAAUUCUUUAUAAAUGAGCAGUACUCUGUUCGUAUCUGCCGAGUACAGAUAUGCAUCACAGAGCAUGUAGUUACAAUAACUUUUUUUUGUGCUCUUCAGCGCAUUUAUGCAUAAUAUUCGAUUUAAAUUUCCAUAUCGCUGUUUGCACUGCCAAGUUAUAGUUACACAGAGAGUAGCCUUGCCUUAAUGAGGUAUAGAAGUGCGGGAAAAAAAACACUUAGUUUUUCCCCUGUGACAAACGCAUGUUUGUAGCAUUCUAAUGAAAGGCCCUAGCAAAACUAAAUCUAGCAUGUCUGUGACACUCUGAGUUGUCCACUUUAACUCUUUGGCCUCCAUUUGCCUCUAUACACAUCUGAAUCUGUGUAGUGGCAGAAUGUUAUUUUGUCAAACUCUAUGGAGCACGCAGGGGCAGCAGCAGCAGCACUUUUCCAGUGGUUGCCUCGGUAGACUGGGUUACUCAAAGUGCUGGGUACUCUAAUGAGCUUCUGAGAGGCACAGAACAUAACGUGCCGGUGCUAGUGGAGUGUUCUGCAAAUGUCGGCUAGCUUCAAUCUCUUGCAGGCAUUAAGACAUUUGGCAUACUUUUUGUAAAAAACAAGAUGAAUUUAUUCAAUUUACGUGCUUCCUCAGCAUUCUCCAAUCAGGCGUGUAGAUUAAUCACGUGUCUCGGAUGCCUUACUUGAGCCUCCAGAUUGCCUUGGCAGAUGGGAGAGCAUUUAUAUUGCUGCAUACUCAGCGCUGAAAAACGUCUUCACUGAAUUGCAAUUUUGGAAACGGUAGGAAGACUUUUUCACAGAAAAUGUGUUCAUGAACAAAUUAUUCUUUGGUUUAUUCGGUAAAGUCACGUAUACAGAUAAAAUAAUAAAUUAAAUAUUUUUUCUUUCAUCUUAAUUAUUUUAUCUUUAUACGUGACUUUACCGAAAGAACCUAAGAAUAAUUCCUGCAGUCACGAAAGCUCCAAAAUUAACAUGAACAAAUUAUUUGUGUUUCAUUUGAGACCUCAGACCUGUUGAGAGAAAAUAGUGUAAUUAUUUUUUGUGUGCGCAAAUGUUCUUAUUACAUGUGUAUAUUGUUCUCGAAUGUCAUACACAAGUGAAUAAUGGACAAUUUAGAGGCCAACCAACCAUGUGAGCUAGCAGGAUUUAGAACAUGUUUUGUUUUACCAUUCACCAGACAUACUGUCAGUGUUAUUCUUGAAAUGACAAAUACUUAUCAUAUAACACCACAUCUUCUUGGUUCUUUCGGCAAAGUCACGUAGAAUGGAAAUAAUAAAAUAAUAAUAAUCCAUUCUACGUGACUUUACCGAAAGAACCAAGAUGAAUCCCUGCAGCCACGAAAGCUUUAAAUCGAAACACCACAUGUUUAUAUAUAUAUAAACUAUGAAAAAGCAAUUGAUUGAGUAUACUGAAUUAUCUUUAGCAACCAAUAGAAAUGAACUAUGAUAAUUGGUUUUUACCCUUCUAUCUGGCAACAAAACUGACACAUUUUUUACAAGGAGUCAUGUUUGCAUAGACCACAAUACCUGCAGUCAUAAUGCAAACAAAAAACACAACUCUGAUAAUUUAUGCAUUGUCCUUGAAGUUGAUUGGUCCACACCCGAGACGGCUUUCCUUAGAGCCGAGUCUCACAUGGGUUGGACCAGAUGACGCCAAAAGGCGCACAACUCAAAGACAAUGCACCAUCAGAGUAUGAGAGCUCGGGGUAAGCAUUGGAACCUCAUUUGCCAGUAAAAAAUAUGAUAAUUGGUUUUUUACCCUUCUAUCUGGCAAAUAUUUGCAAUGGUAGAAAUGAACUACAUGAAAUAAUUUAAGAGCUUAACGAAGAAGGGUACAUUUCUGGGCUAAAAAGAAAUGAGAAAAACAAAGCUCAUGUCGAAGCUUUAAACAAGUAUAACCCGUAAAAACAAAGUUUUUCACUAUAAAUCCUUUAUAUAUAUGUGUGGCGGCUAGAGUCCUCUCGUCCUCUGGCUUGAGAUGGCUGCCACCUAUGGGUCAGAUGAUUGCAUUGCACCAUUAAGCAAUUGGUAAUUAAAUAUUAUAUUUUUGUCCUAAAAAGUGUAACAUUUUGGAAAAAAAAUUUCACGAACAUUAAUUGUCACGCACAACGAGUCUGUGUGGAAAAUGUCAGCUCGAUUGGAUCACGGGAAGUGGGUUAAAAAACGACCGAAAGAUUUGCACGGUCGUAAGCAAGCAAGCAAGCAAGCAUGCGAACUUAAUAUAAAGGAUUUAAAAAAAGAGAAAAGCAUGGCCACCGCAGAGGUUGAGCAAUAAGAUCAGCUCAUGUGCAGGCGCGAGAGGCGUUGCGAGACCGUUCCGGAGUGGCAAGGUCAUGGAGAGACCUUCAUCCAACCGUGGAUAGAACGUGGAUGACAGCAUUUUAAAAAAAACAUAAACUAAUCUUCUUGGUUCUUUCGGUAAAGUCACGUAGAAGGGAAAUAAUAAAUAAUAAAAAUUAAACAAUAAAAUCAUUCUCACGACGUUUCGGCCACAACGCAAGCAGCCGUCCUCAGGUGAAGAACAGAUCUGUCGGGAAGACAGCGUUGUGGUCGAAACGUCGUGAAAAUAAUUUUAUUAUGUUUUAUUUUUAUUCUUUUAUUAUUUCCCUUCUACGUGACUUUACCGAUAGAACCAAGAAGAUGAAUCCCUGCAGUCACGAAAGCUUUAAAUCGAAAAUUAUAAACUAAUUUAAUUGUAUUCUGCAGUGAUUUCCUUCACUUCACGAUAUUCCGUGUUCUACAACUGCAAAUUCCAUCAAGGAUUCGGUUCGCAGUGGAUGCAUUUGUGUUUACAUUGUUUGGGCUUUGAUUCGGUUGGUUUGAGCAAAUUAAAAUAUCCUAAAGCAAUUUGGCCCACCCAUCACAACACUGCAUUGUUGAAAAUAGCUUGGCACGCUUUGAAGGUGGCUUGUAUUUGGCUAGGUCAAUUAGGGAAAUCGUUAUUGCAAACACAAAAUGCCAUCCUGUUUAUCCAAUCUCAUUUCUGCUCAUUAAUGCUUCAAUUUGAAACGAUGCUGACAAUUCAAGUUUAUAAUUGGUUUAAUUUAUACUGCUCUGCGUGAGCAGUGUCGUCAGCACCAUUUCUUAAUGUCUCCUGUUAGUGCGGUGAUUCUAGACUCAAGUACGUACUCAUACUCCACCCAUUCAAAUGCAACUCAUAAACAGUCAACUGCAAUAUGUAUCCAUAAUAUGUUUUUUUUGGGUUGGAGCGCGUAAAUAUAAAUGUGUCGUUAAACCCGCCACCCCCCGACACAGCCAAUUAGUAAUGUUUGUCACGUAAACAAAACAUGGCAAUUCGUUACGAGUACAGCACACCGAUGUGUUAGAGAGUAAACUCACGCAACAUUUACAAGCUUUGUGUUGAUUUACUCUCCAACAAUUUACCAUGUGGAUUUGCCCUCCAAAUUUGCAUUGUAAAUUGCCUACGUGUUAAACUGCAGUAUGGAUAUUUGGUGUUAAUUUAUUUGUUUAAAGUAAUCCAUUUCAAUCGACGUAAAUUACAAUUUUUGGAAAAUUUCACAACGAAUAUAUAGGAAAGAUAUGGAGGGUAAUCCAUAUAUAUAUAACCCUGCGAUUUCGAAUGGCUCUUAACAGAUAAGUGGAUUGAGAUUUAUGUGGGAGAUAUGUAAAGGCUUUGAAAUAAAAUUGUAUUUUCUUCAUCACCUGCUCCCGAAUACUUGAGGGGGAAAUAUACAAAAUGGAUCAAUGUACAGAGAUCAUACAGGAAGUCAGUAUUUUUUUUUGGCUGUUGACAUAUGGAAGGGUUCCAUUUUGUCCAUUUUUUUGUUGUCAAUGGGUUUGUUAAACAAAGUUCUGCAAGGUUACUCGUUCCAACAAAGAGCCUUUGAGAAUAAAUCUGGGGCCAGUUAAAUAGAAAAACAACUAAACUGCAUAAGUUAAAACGAUGCUGACCCGUCAUCCAACAGUGCAUUGACAAAAGGGCUGUUAUUUACUUUAUUAUUUAAUACCAAUUAUAUUCAAUGCCAAGAUGUUUUCUAUUCUGCCAGAACUGGACUCUUGUCAGGACCUGAUCCCAUGCGUGUUUAUUGUCUCAAUUAGAUUGGAACCUACAAGUGGAGUUCUUAUCUUGCCCUUCUUGACUUAACAAUCCAAAUAAAUUCACAUAAUUUGAGUGUAAUAUAGUAGUGAUUCUAGAUUUAAGUGGUGGAGAAACAAAAGUAGUGUUGCCGUUUAAUUACGUCUGUACGUUUUAUAUAAAUAGUUUGACAGCAUAACUGGGAUAGGCCAGCAGACCAAUUUAAUCGGACCAGCAUUGUUAAUACUAAUACAGUAUUGUGGACACUAACAGCUUUUUACGUAUUUCAACACAGGAAAACUCUACCUGAGUAUUACUGUAUGGAAAUAUAUUUCCUUUCAUUUAGCAAUCUGCUGGGGGUUUUUUUUGUCUGAAUUGUAAUAUUUGUGAUGUGUUUGUUUUUUGAUGAACGUGUUCCGCGAAGUGUUGGCCAGGCAACAUAAAUGUGGGCCACUUAAAUGGCAGUCUUGCCCAAACUGCUAAAUUGUGUCUGGAUAAAGAUAAGUACAUGAAGACGGAUGCUUGUGUGGCGAUCGAAACGUCGUGAUCUAUUAUUUUUCUACCUACGCGACUUUACCGAAAGAACUAAAGAGUAUGUACAUACCUGUCAACCCCGUAUUCUUGUACAGGGAAAUUGAGUUUUCAGGUCCAUACGGCGCACAGCCGUUUCAAUACGGACAAAACAAUAUUCUGUCAAUUAGUUUGUUUCCCACUUGUGAUGGGAUUUUGUAGGAUUAACGUUGAGAUGUAUAAGAGCACGGGGUGGCCAAUAAAGUCUGAAUUGGUCUGUAAUAAGUUAGGCACUGUUAAAGGGUUUACAGGUAUGUAAGCGCUAGAUGAAUUAUGUAUGGACGAGCAGAUUAUAUUGUUUACAAAAUAUACGCUACAUUGUAAAACAAAAUAAAUAAUACUGUACAGUAGUUAUAAAUGUUCCAAAGAUUAUCCAGAGCCACUUUUACUUUCCUAUUAGCAAUUUAGAGACGUCAAGUCCAACAAAUAAAAAAUUACAAAGGUUUUAUAGCAGCUCGUACAUAUAAGCCAUAUUGUAUUUUAUAUUCAGUUUAGUCAUAAAUAAGUAUAACCAGUAAAAACAAAGCUUUUCACUAUAAAUCCUUUAUAUGCGUGGCAGCUAGAGUCCUCUCGUCCUCUGGCUUGAGAUGGCUGCCACCUAUGGGUCAGAUGAUUGCAUUGCACCAUUAAGCAAUUGGUAAUUAAAUAUAUUUUUGUCCUAAAAAGUGUAAAAUGUUGGGAAAAAAAUUUCACGAACAUGAAUUGUCACGCACAACGAGUCGGUGUGGAAAAUAUCAGCUCGAUUGGAUCACGGGAAGUGGGUUAAAAAACGACCGAAAGAUUUGCACGGUCCUAAGCAAGCGAACUUAAUAUAAAGGAUUUAAAAAUAUAUGGCUUUAUACGUGCAGGGAAAACCAGGAAGAGAAUAUAAUAAAAGUACACUUGUUUUACACGAGAACAAAUCGAAUACAAUAUUAAUUUAUAAAUACAAAAAUCUGAGCAUUCGUGUUUUCAGAUAUCAAUAACCUAAUAGUGUAACAUGGCACCAACCUGCAUCCAGCAGGUGUGCAGGUUUACCAACAGGUGAAAGUUGACCGCACUUCUACACGUGGCUUUGGUUUUAUCUUCACUUGCACUGCAAUUUAUAAUGCAAUUUGUGUGCACCCACUGAAUAGUAUGAGCGCAAACAGCUAUUAAACAUCUGCAAACCAUGAUGUCUG